UGGUAAGCUAAACUAGUAACAGCUCUUUCAUUUCAUUCCCAUUUCUCUGUCUCUGUUUCUGUCUCUCUCUCUCUCUCUCAAUGGCAUUGGCGGCGACCAUUUCUUCAGCUCAUCCCUCUCCGAAACUGUCUUCGUUUUCGUCGGAGCAUCCUCCUCUAGCCUUAGGGUUCUCUGAUUCUCUAGCGUUUCCUUCGACGGGUUCAGGUGGUACUUGGAGAUCAAUAAGCCACAGCUAUGAGCGCAAUAAGCAGCAACUCGCCGUCCCUGCUAGAAGCUUCGAUCAGAAAAUCGCAGAUAAAGCCUUCUCUUCAAACGGCUCUCCUCCUUCAGCCAGCCUCUCCAAGGUAAGAAGGCACGCGAUUUCAGUAUUCGUUGGGGAUGAAAGUGGAAUGAUAAAUCGGAUAGCAGGGGUGUUUGCGAGGAGGGGGUACAACAUCGAGUCGUUGGCCGUGGGUCUAAAUAAGGACAAAGCACUCUUCACUAUAGUCGUCUCUGGAACCGAAACGGUGUUACGCCAAGUGAUUGAGCAGCUUAACAAGCUUGUCAAUGUUCUCAUGGUUGAAGAUCUCUCCAAUGAGCCGCAGGUAGAACGUGAACUAAUGCUUAUAAAAGUUAAUGCCGAUCCAAGUUACCGUGCCGAGAUAAAGUGGUUAGUGAAUAUCUUUAGAGCAAAAAUUGUGGAUAUCUCAGAACACUCGGUAACUAUCGAGGUGACAGGAGAUCCUGGGAAGAUGGUUGCUCUGCAAAGAAAUUUUAGCAGGUUCGGGAUCAAAGAAGUUGCAAGAACCGGAAAGAUUGCCUUGAGGAGGGAAAAGCUGGGUGCAUCUGCUCCAUUUUGGCGAUAUUCAGCAGCUUCAUAUCCAGAUCUUGAGAGAACAGUUCCUGUUAAUGCUCUUGUGGGGGAUGAAAACAGAUUAGCUAAUGCUGAAUCUGAUAUAUCUUCUGGGGGUGAUGUUUAUCCCGUGGAGCCGUCUGAUACCUUUACUGUCAAUCAAGUUCUUGAUGCUCAUUGGGGUGUUCUCAAUGACGAAGAUACUAGUGGACUUCAAUCACACACUUUAUCCAUGCUUGUAAAUGACGUUCCUGGGGUUCUUUACAUUGUUACCGGAGUUUUUGCUCGAAGGGGUUAUAACAUUCAGAGUUUAGCUGUCGGCCAUGCGGAAGUUGAGGGGCUCUCUCGCAUUACUACUGUUGUUCCUGGUACAGAUGAAUCAAUUAGCAAGUUGGUGCAGCAGCUUUAUAAGCUUGUCAAUAUUCAUGAUGUUCAAGAUCUUACCAACUUGCCAUUUGCUGAGCGGGAAUUGAUGUUGAUAAAAAUUGCUGCGAAUGCUGUUGCUCGAAGAGAUGUGCUUGAUAUUGGCAACAUUUUUAGGGCCAAGGCUGUUGACGUUUCUGACCACACAAUAACCCUUGAGCUUACGGGAGACCUGAACAAGAUGGUUGCACUGCAGAGGUUGUUAGAGCCCUAUGGCAUUUGUGAGGUGGCACGAACUGGACGAAUUGCGCUGGUGCGUGAGUCAGGUGUGGAUUCCAAACACCUCCGCGGAUACUCUUUUCCUCUGUAGUUUUAGUUGGCAGAUUUUGACUAGGAAACUUGAGUGAGUUAUAAAUGUGUGCAAGGUGCACAAUUUUGUACGUACAUAUUGACCGAGGGGCACAAUCAGACUAGUACUACUACUUCCUCCGCUAGGAUCUUUAUUUAUUUAAUUUCAUGAUAUGUAGUCUCAACGGAACUUGUUUCUUUGCAUUACAAUAAACAAGCUCGGAAGAAGAUCUACACCUGGGUAAUCUUUUUUUUUUUUUUUUCGACGAGCUUUGUGGUAUGGAGAUGUAUA